AUGAAACUCUUAGGAUACGGUAUAAAUAUUGGCCACGCCAAUCAAUAUCCAAUGAACUAUGGCAGCAAAUCUUUCCCGUUAGAAGAAAGAACCAAUCCAACAUUCAAAGAAAAUAUGGAACCGGAUUUUUU